AUGGAUCUUGCUAUCAACGAGUGGACCUUGCGGACAUAUAAUCCUUUAAUCGAAGGUUCUGAUCAUGUUAAUUCGAGCGAUCAUGGUCACAAGACCUUUCUUUGGGAUUUUGCGAGGAAGGCUUGGAUUAUAAAUAAAGAAUCUAAUGGUUUCAAUGAAGAUAAUGAGUAUGAUGAAACCGAGGUGCUAUCUGGCCGUGGUACUGAUGAUGAUUAUGGUUUUGAGGAUUACAUGGGGUCUGAUGCCGAGUCGCACGAUGAUACCGAUGAUAUGGACCAAACAGAUGAAUACAAUUCUGAAGAUGAUUUUAUUGACGACGGUGAGUCUUGUGAAGGAUCUGAUGGUUCAAGUGAUAACUCGGAAGGUGAUAGUGGUAAUGAUGAAGAUGAAGAUGAUGACGAUGCUGAUUCGACUGAUGAUGAUGAGGAUGAUGAUGAAGAUGUUAUGUUGGAUGAUGAGACUGAGAGUGACGAUGAUAGUGAGGAUCACCAAAAUGUCGAACCAAAUGAUAUACUCAUCGAAAAGAAUAUUAGUAUAUCGGGACACCAGAAUUUGGGUGUUAAAAUUCAGGCCACUGUUAGAGAUGGUGAGAUCGAUGUCGCAGCGUCUCGCAUAGAUGUUGAUCUCAUUGGUGUGAUGGAAAAUGUUAGCAACAUUGAAACAGAAAAUAACCCUGAUGGAGAGAUUGUUCAGAAAAUAACUUUCACCAUCACAGAUAUCGAGUAA